UCUCCAUUAUCUAAAUGUGGCCCAGUACUAAAUUGGGAAGAGAAACCUCAGUUAAACCUAGACGCCUCCAGCUCCUCCGUUGGUUCUGAUGAAUCGGGUGAGUUUCUAGCCGCUGAUGAUUCCGGUGUGUUGGAAACUGUAGGGCGAGCCCAUGCCUUGCAUACUUCAUCCCUUCCAUUUUCAACUGGCUGGAAAACAUUCUUCUUCCUCUAUUAUCUGGAUAUUCCCUUGAGAAACUGGAAUGAGCUCUAGCCUGCAAAAUUGAGCUUGGCCUUGUGAUAUUCAGUCUCUGUUGAAUGACUCGGCAUCUAUCGAGAUUCGAGAACACCAAGGACGGUGAUCUUCUGAGGAACGAGACGUUGAUCAGAGAUGUGGUCGUGGAGCCAAAAAACAACCACAUAUUUGGAAGCUAUCACAAAAUUCUCAAGUUCGCCAUGGCUUUCUGUAUCUUGUUCUUAUUCAGGCAGCUAUUCCAUGAGAAAAAAAAUUGCACCUUUACAGGAGCGCAAAAUGAUAGAUCAACAUAGGCUAUGUGCUAAAGGAGGUGAUGGAGGAAAUGGUUGUUUCAGCAUUCGUCGCAGCCGUCAUGACCGACGUGGUAGACCUGAUGGUGGUGAUGGUGGCAGAGGUGGUGAUGUAAUCUUAGAAUGUUCUGCGGCGGUUUGGGAUUUCAGAGGUCUGCCACAUCAUAUUAAUGCAAAGAGAGGAGGGAAUGGGGUUUCCAAAAAUAUGAUAGGAAGCCGAGGAGAUGACAAGGUUGUUCUGGUACCUGUUGGCACUGUUAUUCAUCUUAUUGAGGGAGAAUUUCCUUCUUAUGUUGAGAAGAAGUCUUCUGGAAUAUUGGAUCCUUGGGAUAUCCCUGGUACGCUUGAUUUUGGUUCGUCUAAAUCUUCCCUACAAUCUACGUACGCGGGAGAAAAGGUAGAGAAGACAGACAAUGCUAGUGAGGACUCAGCUCCUUCAAGUAAAGAAGACCUUAAAAGAGCACCUUCUCCUAGAUUUUCACCUUCUACAGGUAAAUCCCGGAAUCAAAUUGAAUCCGAUUUCUUCCCUAAACCCCAUGGCUACAGCGAGUGGGAGGAUAUGGAUGGCGAAGUAAGCAUGUCUGGAUCUGAGUGCGAGGAAGAUAUGGAAGAGGAAGAUGAAAUACAGUACAACGUUGCUGAACUAACAGAGCCUGGCCAACAAAUCAUUGUGGCCCAAGGAGGUGAUGGUGGCCUGGGAAAUCUGCAUUUGGCAAAAGGUUCUAAGAUGAGCAAAUAUCCGCCUGACUUAAAAACAGAGGAUGCUUCCGAUGAUGAUGCCUAUGCAGCACUUAACAUCGGCUCACCUGGCACCGAAGCUGUUCUUUUGUUAGAGCUCAAGAGUAUUGCUGAUGUGGGCCUUGUCGGGAUGCCAAAUGCCGGUAAAAGCACUCUUCUUGGGGCAUUAUCUAGGGCUAAGCCUACGGUUGGCCACUAUGCCUUCACCACUCUAAGACCUAAUCUAGGUAACAUAAACUUCGAUGAUCUUUCCAUUACUGUGGCUGAUAUCCCGGGUCUUAUAAAGGGAGCACAUGAGAAUCGUGGUCUUGGGCAUGCCUUCCUACGCCACAUUGAACGCACCAAAGUGUUGGCGUAUGUGGUAGAUUUAGGUGCAGCCAUAGAUGGUCGAAAGGGCAUACCCCCAUGGGAACAGCUGAAGGAACUGAUGUUGGAAUUGGAAUUCUAUCGCGAGGGCCUCUCCGGCCGACCAUCCUUAGUCGUGGCAAAUAAAAUUGAUGAGGCAGGGGCAGAACAAGUGUAUCAAGAGUUGAGGCAAAGAGUACAUGGUGUUCAUAUUUUUCCAGUUUGUGCGGUUCUGGAAGAGGGAAUAUCGGAGUUGAAAGCUGGUUUGAAGAUGCUUGUGGAUGGAGAAAAGUCGCCACCACUAACAUUGGACGGCAUUGUGAUUGAUUAGACCAGCGUGUUUCAGUAAAUCUUCAUUCUGUUAUUUUUAUUAAAGCAGAUAUCAUCAUAGGAAAUUUUUGAUAUAGUACAUAGUACUAAUUACUGGUUUGGAGAUAAAGAUAUUCAUCACUUAAUUAUUCGGUUUCAUUAUAUGUGCAAAAAUGAACUUGUUAUCUGAUA